AUGAGCGCGGCGCAGCCGCAUCAGGCGCAGGCGCAGGAGUCGGUCGGCGCGGCGGCGCUCUACGGCUCCCACGCCUUCCAGCCUCACCCCGGCCAGCACGGCCCGGCGCCGGCGAUGAUGAUGCACGCUGCGCAGGCCGGUUUCCCCCCCCAGCCACAGAUGCAGGGCCUGAGCCCGGAGGCUCGGAUGCAGCUGGCGCAGCAGCAGCACCCGCAGCACCACUUCGCCCACGCGCCGGCCGGCGGAACGGCCCUGGCAGCCCAGCCUCCUGCGCUCUGCGCGGCGGCGGGCGGCUGCUCCUCCGCUCAUGGAGCCUGCUUCACGAGCGGCCUGCAGCCGAUGGACUUCUCGUCGCAGCCGGCGCUCGGCCAGCCGCAGCACGGCAUGCACUACGCGCAGCUCGCGCACCAGCACAUGGCGACGCCGCCUCAGCUGCACAUGGCGGCACGGCCGGCGCUGGUCUACGCGACUGUGCAAAACUACCAGCAGCCGGGCUCCUACCCGCCGCUCGCGCACGGCUCGCGGUCGGCGUGCGCGCCCAACACGCAGCCGCACCUGCCGUCACCGCAGAUGACGCCGCAGAUGACGCAGCUGGCGCAGCAGCAGCUGGCGCAGCAGCAGCGGCAGCAGCAGCAGCAGCGCACGUCCGAUGUGUCGGCGCGGGUGGUGGCGCAGCAGAUGCAGGCGGCGCAGCCGCCGAGCUUGGGCCCUGCCGCGCACCAGCAGGUGCAGGCGGUCGUGCAGCAGAUGGCGGGCACCGUCCUCCCGCCGGGGAGGGCGAUGCAUCACGCCCUCCUCGCGCCGGCGGCGGUGGACGGCCGUCACGCCGUCAACGCCUGCUGCGCCGCCUCUGCCGCCGCUGGUGGGGGCGGCGCCCUCGCAGGCGCGGGCGCGGGCUCCGCCGUCGUUGGCGCUGCCGCGCCCGCCAAGAAGCCGCGGCAGCGCCGCACCGACGGCGAGCCGCGCAAGCGGGCCAAGAAGGAGCCCGUCGCGCCAGUCAUGGCCGAGGACGGCGCCCUCUCCGGCCACACGCGCUUCUGCUCGGGCGGCACUUGGCGGUGCGAGUGGUGCGAGUGCAAAGAGAGCGACACGCCGUCAAGGGCGAUGGGCCCGUCGGGCGCAAAGACGCUCUGCAACGCGUGCGGCUCGCGCUUCCGCGCCGGCCACACCAGCAUGCCGGAGAAAACGGAGGAUGGCCAGUUCCUCUGCGGCGACUGCAAGCGCGCCUUCUCCACCAUCGGCGCGCUCGGCGGGCACAAGCGCUUCUGCGACGCGGGCACGUGGCGGUGCGGCUGGUGCGCGUGCAAGCACUCGGAGUGCUCGGGCAAGGGGCCGGGGCCGGACGGGCCCAAGACGCUCUGCUCGGCGUGCAGCAGCCGCUACAAGAACGGCAGCACGGGGCCGCCCGAGAUCAGCGAGAGCGGCAAGUUUGUCUGCGAGGCCUGCCAGCGCCAGUUUGACUCGAUCGGCGCGCUCGGCGGGCACAAGCGCUUCUGCGACGCGGGCACGUGGCGGUGCGGCUGGUGCGCGUGCAAGCACUCGGAGUGCUCGGGCAAGGGGCCGGGGCCGGACGGGCCCAAGACGCUCUGCUCGGCGUGCAGCAGCCGGCACAAGAACGGGCACACCGGCCCGCCCGAGGUGAACCAGGCGGGCAAGUUUGUGUGCGACCUCUGCUCGCGGCAGUUCGAGACCAUCGGCGCGCUCGGCGGGCACAAGCGCUUCUGCGACGGGGGCACGUGGCGGUGCGGCUGGUGUGAGGUGCUCGCCACCGAGUGCUCCGGCAAGGGCCCCGGCCCGAACGGGCCAAAGACGCUCUGCUCCGCGUGCUCGGCUCGCUUCCGCGCGGGGCACACGGCGCCGCCUCUGCGCGACGCCGACGGCAACUUUCUCUGCGACUCGUGCCACCGCGCCUUUGUGUCGAUGGGCGCGCUCGGCGGGCACCGCCGCUUCUGCGGGCAGCUGUCGACGGCCGUCUCGCGCGCGCCGACCCUGGUCGACGACUCGCUCCUGACUGACGAGGACGGCGGCGCGGCGACGAUCGCGCUGCCCGACCGGCUCGCCUCGUCUCUGCCCGCGGAGCUGCACUGCGCGCUCUUCUGCGCCUUCGACUUCGCCACCUACUUCUUCCGCGCGAUCGUCCCCGCCGCCACCGUGCUCGAGGUGCGCGCCAACAUGGCCAAGCGCAGGGAGGGCGAGGACGGGCUGCCGCCGCCGCCGCCGCCGGCCGAGAUGGUCCCGUUUGACCCUGCCAAGCACACGGGCGGCGGCGCGGCGGCCGGCGCGGGCCGCAAGAAGCGGCGGAAGGAUGAGGUCGAGGACCUGUCGGCGGGGCCGCGCCAGAUGCUCGCCACCAUCCAGGCCUCCGGAUGGGCGGAGUGGGAGGCGGUCCACCUGCUGCAGCCCGGCGACGAGCCGACGCCGCUGCUGCACGCGAUGCACAUCCUCUCGACGCACUUCCUGCUCGUCGACCUGCUCGAGCCGCACAAGAUCAGCGCGGGGCCCGACUUUUGCGCGCGCGUCGGCGAGGCGUCGCGCCGCCUGCUCGGCGGCGUCACCCUCUGCCCCUUCACCUGGCCCGAGCUGCUGCGGAUGGUGCUGCUCGCCCGCGCCGUCGGGCAGGCGCCCAAGAAGCGCACCGUCGCGCUCAACGCGAUGCUCGCGUCGGGGCACGGCUCCGCGUCGGUCGCGUACGGCGCCGCGGCCGCCCUCGGGGGCGGCCACACCGUCUCCGUGUGGAACGCGGGCCCGUCGACGCGCGCGGCGCAGAGGGCGGUCGCGGGCGACGACGAGGAGGGCGCCGACGAUGAGGACGGCGACGUCAUGGGGCUCGGCGACCUGAGCGAGCCGGGGGCGGAGUGGGCGGGGGUGGUGACCUCGCUGGAGGGCGUGGUCGAGUACUCGCACCUGUCGCAGGAGGCGCGCUGCCUGGUCACCGAGUGCAUCGUGCAGCUCCUCUCCGAGACGACGCUCUGCUCAAAGUUCUUCGAGUCGACGGCGAAGGUGCACGACAAGCUGCAGGACCUCAAGCGGACCGAGUACAAGAACCGCAACGCGCAGAUCGAGGCGGAGGAGCAGGCCAAGCUCGCCGCAAAGUACAACAUCGACCGGCCGCUCCGCCUCUCGCACGACCGCGCCGGAGCGCGCGAGUCCAUCCCCAAGAUCCGCGGCUCGUCGAGCAAAGAGUCGGUCGCGGCGGCCCUGAUGGCCGAGGCGGAGCAGAGCAAGGACGACGUCGACGCGGCGGCCGCGGCGGCCGCAGUUGCCGCCCUCGCGCCGGGCGAGGGCGAGGCGGCGGGGGCGCAGGGGGCGCGGCGGAGCCGCGAGGAGGGAGUGGCGACUAUGGCUGAGGUCAUCGCCGUCGGCGACGUGCCCCUCCAGCGGGAGCCGCCCGAGGAGGAGGAGGAGGAGGAGGAGAGUGGGAGAAGGAGCGGGGCGGAGGGGAUGGCGGGGGGGGGCGCGCCGAGCGCGCCGCCCUCGCCACCGGGGGACGAGGAGAUGCCGCCGCCGGGUGCGGGCGGCGUCUGCCGCUCGUGCAACAACAGCGGGAUCGACCUCUUUGGCAACCCGUGCGUGUGCGCCUUCGGCCGCACGGCGCGCGCCGCUGGGGGCGCGGCGGCAGGGUCGGCGGCGGCUUCGGCGGACGUGGAGAUGUGGGAGCCGGAGAUGGCCGACAGCGGGCAAGGCGGGCAGAGGACGCUGGAGGUGGAGGCGCAGGGUGGCGCCGCGGCGUCCUCGGCGCCCCCACUCUCCGCGACAGACUCGCCGGAGGGGAAGGCGGCGGCGGGCGUAGCCGCGGCGCCGCCGCCGGUGUCUGCGGGCCCCUCGGGCGUCACCGACGGCACGGACGCAGACACGGUGGGCGGCGAGACGCUCGACACCGGGUCGACGCCGCCGCAGGAGGCGAGCUCUCGGCCGGCGUCGUUUGGGAGCGGCGGCGGCCCGUCCUUCGGCGCAGAGGAGCUCAAGGACCCGCCCUGGACGGGGAUGGACGCGGACGGGGUCUUCCACACGCAGGGGUCGGUCGUGCCCCCGCGCCGCGCGGCUUCCAACGGCGGCGCGCCGCUGAGCCCCGAGGAGCUGGCGGCGAGGGAGGCGGAGCGGCGGCGCAAGAAGAAGAAGAAGAAGAAGCCGGCAGACGAGAGCCGCGACGACGCCAACCACGUCAAGCGCGGCGACCUCGACCAGAUGCGCAUCCGAAAGGACGAGCUGCGCAAGCAGCUGGACGACGACUUCACGGCACCGGCCCUAACGCGUACAAGUACCGCGCGAUGA